CACACACACACACACACACACCUCAGCAUGCUGGAGCCUGGAGACUCUCAUGUCACGGAUUUUGUAGCCUCAUUUUUGUUCUCUCUCUCAACUCUCUUUGGACAGUCUUUCUGACCUCACACGUGGCUGGAUGUGUCAGACCUCACACACACCUCACACACACCUCACUGACGUACAGACAGUCAGGAUUCCUCCUGAGUCCUGCUGGAGAAGCCGGAGGAGUGCGUCCAGGUUAAAUCUUUCCAAGAUGCCAUGAUGCACCAAUUCCGCACUACGAACACCAUCAGGAAUCCCGCUAGAGCCCGCGCUGAGGAAAUUAUCUGGCCUGAGCAGUGCUGAUAGGGAGACGCGGAGUGAGGACGGGGGCUGCCACUGCAAGGUGAAAGGAAAAAAGACAGAAAGAAAAGGGGAAGGACGCCAGUGACAUCAUGCCUUCGUCCACUAUGCAGAUCUUCGCCUUCAUCCUGGCGCUGCUCGGGGUUCUGGGUGCCACCAUAGCCACACUGCUGCCCAACUGGAAGGUGAGCGUCGCCAUGGGCUCCAACAUCAUGACGGCAAUCUCGCAGAUGCAGGGCCUCUGGAUGGACUGCACCUGGUACAGCACGGGCAUCUUCAGCUGCACGCUCAAGUACUCCGUCCUGGCGCUGCCUGCUUACCUUCAGACCGCACGCACCACGAUGGUCCUCUCCUGCCUGUUGGCGACACUUGGGCUCUGGCUGGCAGCUCUGGGACUUAAAUGCACUCACUGGGGUGGUAGUCAGAGCUCCAAGGUCCAAACUGCGAUUGCGGCAGGAACAUGUUUUGUCCUUGCAGGCUUCCUGUGCCUUGUUCCUGCAUCCUGGUUCACCAAUGAGGUCAUCACCACCUUCAUGAACUCCAAAGUACCCCAGAGUGGAAAGUACGAACCGGGAGGAGCCGUUUACGUGGCAUUUGUAUCGGCUGGAUUUUUCUUAGCUGGAGGUGUCAUUUUCUGUCUGUCAUGCCCCAGAAAAAGGGACGGUGCCACAAAUUGCGGGUUAUCCAACCCUGACAAGUUAAUAAGGCAGGAGCAGGAGAAAAAGGAGCGUAGAGAACAACAGAGCCAGACGGAGCCACCGGAGCUGGAACACAAAGAGAAACCGGUGCAGGAGAAACUCCAGCUGGAACAGCAGCAGCAGCAGUACUACUCCCCAUCUCGUAAGCGACCUCAGGACACCAAGGCCCUUUACAGCUUGCAGGACUACGUCUAAAUCCAAACCAGACUCAGGGAACGAGGCUCAGGAUUUACACUCGGCUGUCAAAAGCGAUGAGACAAGGAAAGAGGGAGGAGCGAUGAUGCCGUCAACGCUUUUCUCCCCCUUUCGUCACUUCUAUCAUGUACUGUAACCGUAAGCGUAAAUGAUGUUUCCAGAACCUAAUCAAGAGCUGUAUAUCCUCAGGUGAAACACGCGAUGCCGCAAUGAACAUUAAAAGAGGGCAUGAAAAAGUUCUGACUGUGUCUGGGUUGUUCGAGAUAACGCUGUUACACGCCAAAGCUUUGAACUCAAGUCUGCAUGUGAGUGAUGGCUGGAAUCAUUAAUUACACGCAAUGAAACGGGAUCAUUAGAAAACAUGUCCAAAUGUGAUUUAAUUCAAACAAUUCUUGCUGUUUAUAGCUUUAUUGCAGAAUGCUAAGCAAAUAUGAGAAAACACAUAGCCCAGAAGCAUUAAGACAUGGUGUGUAUGUCAGAAUAAAAGUCUAAGCUCCAGCGUAGAUACAGUGCAGUGUCCUGUCCGUGUUUUCCAACGAGUCUGACGGAGGUGAAACAUAUUGAAGCGCACAUCAUCUGAGGUAAUGAUGCUCUUUGCUUUUCCAUUAGUUUCGCUCCGGACGGGUGCACACUGCUCAUUUAUUGCACGUAAGCACAGAUGCGAGUUUGUGUGUAUGCACACACACACACACACACACACACACACAAUCAAGCUCUCCUCCUCCUCCACACACACACACACACACUCUUGCUGCAGGGGGUAAUGGGGUCUUGCACCCAAUCAUUUUACCAUGUGUGACUGCCUGUCACUGGUGCACAAAAUGCAGCAGAGGCUGUUCUGAGGGACGCUGACAUUCCCGCGACAUGUUCUGUCCCUCGUGGACUUUUGAGAAAUGAGUCCCUUCAGCCACAUCUGAACCCUUUAAUAGGUUUGGCAAAACAUUCCUCGCCAUCGGUCAUGGUUUACACAGAGAAGGAUGUAUUUUUGGAAUAUAACGUAAAGAAGAACUAUAAGGACGAGAGUUUCAGCGACAGAAAAAGACUCGAUUUCUUAUAUUUAGAGAAUAAUUUAUUUAUUGUCAGUUGGCCCAGAUACAGUUCUGUGCAAAAGUCUUAGACACAUGUAAAGAAACGCUGUCGACCAAAAAUGGCUUAAAAAUAAUGAAAUGAAAUGUUUCAACAUUAAAAAAAUACUAUAAACGAUAAUCCGUGAGCCAUAAUCAAUGAAACAAGGUCAAUAUUUGGUGUGAGACGACCCUUUGCUUAAAAAAAAUAGUAGGAGUUGAAGGAAGAGGGAAACUGUAUAAAUGAUAUUUUGGUGAGAUUGUUCAGGUAAAGUAAAGAUCUAACAGCCAUGUUUUUCAGCCACGUCUCACUUUUAACCUUGAAGCCUUUCAUGAAGGACUUUCUAAUCAAAAUUAUAACAUACGCUUCAGAUACUGGACCGCUGACCAGUGCAGCUCAGCCUUGUCCCACACAAACAACAAAAAUGUAUUUGUUAUUAUUGUAUUUACUGAAUUUAUGAAAGGAAUCUCCAGUGUCAGCUCUUUGUAACAUUUCUUUGUCCAACAUGGUGAAAAAAUCAUCAGGAAGGACUGUUUAUAGCUGCUAUAACAUAAGCGCAAACAGGAAUUAGUAUAAAUACGCAGGUGAUUAUAGGAAAUCGUGUGUACUGAUUGGUUGAGAGAUUCUGAUUAUUUCUCGAUAAUCACCUCGAGCGACUCGGCAAAAUGGUGUCCAAUCGCUUCAUCACUGUACGGGAGGAAGAAUUACAGAUGAUGAAAGAAAAUGCUGUUCCUAAAAGCACUAAAGAUGCUCCAAAGUUUGGUCUAAAACUAUUCAAAGGGAAGGUGGGGUUGGGAUUUAUUUUAUCAAUUUCACAACAAAGUAUUUUACAUGACUCAGUGUAGAUCAGUGGCACAAAUCUGCGCCGCACCGUUAUUACAUUUACAUGCUGCUUUUAAAGAUUGAAAUAAAUUAUUUUUAAUGCGAUUUUUAAAAAAAUAAUCACCUGUGUAUUUAUACUAAAACAAUUAUCUGCCUCAAGCUCAGUGAAUAAUAACCUCGACUUUGUCUCAGUUAUUAUUUAAAUAAUAUUGUCUGGCUUUUUUUCGUGAUAUAUCAGAUAUAUUCCACUCAGCGAGCAUGAUACUGAACGAGUCAAAGACGAGUAGCUGAAUGGAAUACAUCUGAUAGACCAUGAAAAAAAAAGCCAGACAAUAUUAUUAUUAUUAUUAUUAUUAUUAUUAUCCAUACACAUUCCUUUCGGGUGCUCAAUGCAUCUUUCUCUUUCAAAAUUCUCUCAAAAUCUUCCGUAUUUAACAAAGCAAACUUACGGCCAUAUUUGUUUAUUUACAAAUUGUCACAGUCACUCGCUAGCACGGAAAUUUUACAUCGCCGACGUGUGACGUCAUGUUGUCUUGACAACCAUGCAAUAUCGUAAACCAUAUUCAACGCUCGUUCUCCAUUGGGUAGAGUGACGUAAUGCACGUAGGAUAAGCGAUAUGCUAACAAUAUUGCAUGCUAUCAAAUCAAAUGAAUGAAACCCGCUAGAAGGGAAUAGAACACGUUUU